AAGUUAGCAAUAAUCGGGGCUACCUUUAAGGCAGAGAUAAAAAGAGCUUAGGGUUGGUUUCAAUUACCUUUUUGACGUGGCCCGGGGGUAUUUAUAGGAUCCAAUGAGGAACCCACGUGGCAUGCCAAGCAAGAUAAUCGGAGCCUGACGUGUCUAUCCAAACGAUUAUUCCGGGACCGGGAAUUUGAGAGUCAUUUCCUUUUGCCGGCUUUUUCACGUGUCUAUCCCUCAUUUGAGAUAUUGUACCAGUUUCGGCCUCUGUGGGAUUUUGUGGGAUUUCAGCAUUUAAUGUUGAUUUUUUGAAAUGUAAAUUUUAAUAAGGGGUUUUCUUUGCUUCCCGAAUCUUCUACGGUUUUACCGCUUUUUUGUUAAUUUUCUUCAACCGAUCUUUUUAUCUUCCCUUCUGGCCAUUAUCUUGCCUUCUUUUUUUGUCAAUUAUUCUUGAUUUUUACACCUUUGUUCUUUCGGGUUUUUGUUCUCCGCUUGAUUUUUCCUUCUUUCUUUUGGUGAUUUUCUUUUCUGUUUUCUGCUUGAUCUUUUCUCUAUUCUCCGUUUGAUCUCUUUUCUUUUCUUCCCUCACUGUCAAAUAUGAAAACUUGCUGUGCAGAGGAGGGAGAUUUCUCAGAUUCUGCCAUUGUUGCCUCGGUUGGUAAGGCUAUUGCUGCGGUGGAGGCGGAUGUUGUUGCUGGUAUCAACCUUAAUGUUUCUUCUGCCAGUUCUUUUAUGCCCCUUCCUUCUACCGUUGCCCAUUCCGCUUCGGCUCCUGCAGUGGAGCCUCUGUCCGUUGUAAUAGAUACACCUUCUUCUGGGUUUGAUUAUUUUGACAUUUUUCGUUUCCCCCGUGUUAGUGAUGGGAGAUUUUUAGUGAAGGGGGCUUUUCAUCAUGUGGAGAGAGAGCCCGUGGUUCCUUCCUUUCCCACGGAGGUUCCUACUAUUUUUCCUUUUCUUUCAAAAGAUGAGAAAGCUGGUCUUGCGCUGGGUUCAGCGAGGGUUUUUAGUAGUGUGGAUAAGCAUCCUAUGGGCCGCGCAGCAUUUCAAUGCCUUCCCCCUGACAUGUGUGUUUAUAAGGAUCAAUUUGCUUGUGGUUUGCGUUUUCCUCCGCACCCUUUUAUCACUGAAAUUUGUGACGCAUUCUCCCUUAGCCUGCCUCAAUUGGCUCCUCGAGCUGUUGCGUAUAUUGUUGCUUUCAUCAUGCGGUGUUUUUUUGCUGAAGAUCACUCCUACUCGGAAGCUGUCUACCGGUUUCUCAUGGAGCCUUCCAUGAGUAUUACCGAGUCGAUUACCCAAAAGAAUUUGAUUGAUUCGGGUGUUUGGGUACCCGGUUUUUGUGGACCUGAUUUUCCUGUUCCAUCGGUACCUCCUGGUUUUAAAGCUUCUUCGAAGCCUGAGUAUCCUUUGAAAAGGAAGACUGGCAAAGCGAGUACUGUCGCUGUUUCUGAGCCCUUGCUUGCUACCGCGGGUGGCGUGGAUACCUUAGCUGCUUUGAGUCGAUCUGCUAAGAUUGAGAAGCUUGAGAAGGUUGAGAAGAUUGGGAAACUUGCGGUAGCUGAGAAGAUUGAGAAAACUGCUAGUAAGUCUAGAGGGUCUGUUCCUCAAGGGGCCCCCCUUGUGAGGAGAUCUAAAAGGUUGAGGAGUUCUCCUGUGAAAGUUGCUGCUAACAGUAGUUUUUCUAAGGGCAUAGUGGUGAAGGAUAUGAUGGAUGGUGGCGAAAAAACAUCUUCUGCAUUAGUUCUUUCUGAUGAUGAGUUGCAGAGCUUUUCUUCUGAGGAAAAAGCUUUACUUUUAUCCAUAACGGAUUUUGUUGCUGGAAAAAGCUUUUCUAAGUCCUUGCCUGGGUUACCUUUGAAGAAUGUGGUCCGUCCUAGAUAUGAUGUUUGUGCUGACGGUCCCUCUGUUAUUGGACACAAUUCCGUUGCUCGUGAAUUAUCGGAAUCUCAGCUUCUUAAUGGUGACAAGAAAUUGCUCUCUAACUUUCCUUUGGAAGUGUUGCAUGAUAUGGCUGUUCAUGGUGCUGUUAGUGUUUGCACCCUUCUGCAGUACAUGAAGGGUCUUGUUUUGGAGAGUGAAGAUUCGUCUUACCGAGCUGAGGCCGAUCUUGCUGAGAUGCGGUCGAGGAGCAAGGAUUUGAUAAACCUGUGUCGCAAACUAAUUUCUGACAAGAUUAGUGUCGAUAAAAGAGUAGCUUUGGAGUCCAGUUUGGUCGAGGUUGAGAGAUUGAAGAAAGAGCUGUCUAUGCUCCAAGAAUGUUAUGAUUUGUUAAAAAAGGAGAAGGAACUUAUCUCUUCUUCGGCUUCUGUUGAGAAGGCCCCUCUCACAUCUGCGAAUGCCUCUCUUAUGUCUGCGAAUGCCUCUCUCUUGCAGCAUCUGGAUGAGCAAGUCUUAAGGAAUUCCGUUUUGGAGAAUUCUGUUUCUGAUUUGCAGGCGCAGGUUUCUUCUUUACGGGUUUCCGUUCCUUCUACCAUUCAAACUUUUAAAGAAUCCUCCGAGGGUAGGGCCUUUGCCUUUUCCGAUGGUCUUGGCUAUUUUAAUAUUGCCAUUAAGUUGGUCAAGGUGUUGCUUCCCCGCCGAGGUAUGAUCCUACCUGAUUGUCUUGCUGAAUUCGAGAAGAUGGACGUUGCUGCGCUGAUUUGUGCUGAUCUUGAGCUAAAGAGGAUUUACGACCAGGGUUCGGAAUAUGUUUCUCUGGGUGCUUCCCCAUCUGGAGUGGAGGAGGGAUCCGGUAGUUCAUGGGAUUUUGAAGACUCUGCUGGUGCUAUGCAUAGUGGGAACAAUUCUACUGACGUGGCGGGUGCCUCUCCUUCCCCGGGGAAUUAAGACUACUAAUCCUGCAAAGAAGUAUUUCGGGUUUCGAAGUCUAUAUAUAGAUCAUGUUACUUUUGUUUUUUCCUGUGGAUUUUCUUUUUAGGAUUGUGUUUUGACAUUCCUAAAAGCUAUGUUAGUUUUUAUAUCUUUAGUGCGCUUGUUUGAUGAACAACUAUUUUUUCUUUUUAAACUCGAGUUUUUGGGUCAUGCUGGCAUUAUGACCUUCCACCAAAACUGCACCAAUUUUUGCUCAUUAUUUUGAUUUUAUUGUUUUGGCAGCUCUCCAUUGGCUUACGUAGUUUCUUAUGGUGAUGGUGUCCUCAUUCAUCACUGAGGAUUCAUAAGUUAGCGAUUGGUUAGUAUGUGCAACACCCUCCUUUUUCUUGUAGAAAAGAUAGGUUGGGAUAUAACUUUACACUCCAAUCGGUUACUACGAGUUUAUGUUUCAAAUUCUCUUAUAAGUUUGAGAGCUGCAUUAACCUUUGUAGCCUUGCUCAUGUAGCUUCUACCAAGGUACUGGUGGAUACCCUAACUUGCUCACGGCUUUUUAUUUUGCUUAAGCAUGUUUUGGUUAGUUUUCCUAACUCAUCCGGAUUUAUUUUGAAAGAUUUUGUAGCUUUGUUUCACCUUUGUUGGUGCCUAAAGCUUUGAGUUACUGCAGUUUUGAAGAUAGAUUCUAAUGAAAUCAAGGUUUUAUU